ACCUCACAAAACGCAGCAGGCAGUCAUCAAGCAAAAACCCUAUCGCGGAGAGGGAGAGAGAGACACACAUAUACAUACACACACACACACAGAGUCGGUGAAGAUGCAGAUCUUCGUGAAAACCCUAACUGGGAAGACCAUCACCCUCGAGGUCGAGUCCAGUGAUACCAUCGACAACGUCAAGGCCAAGAUCCAGGACAAGGAAGGUAUUCCACCUGACCAACAAAGGCUGAUCUUUGCCGGAAAACAGCUUGAGGAUGGCCGUACUCUCGCUGACUACAAUAUCCAGAAAGAAUCCACUCUUCAUUUGGUUCUGAGGCUCCGUGGUGGUAUUAUUGAGCCGUCUCUUAUGGCAUUGGCCAGGAAAUACAACCAGGACAAGACGAUCUGCCGCAAGUGCUAUGCUCGUCUUCACCCCCGUGCUGUCAACUGCAGAAAGAAGAAGUGUGGACAUAGCAACCAGCUGAGGCCAAAGAAGAAGAUCAAGUAGGGUGAUAAUUGUGAAGGAGGAGUCCUGUUUCUUAUUAGAGGAUGGUUUUUGUUUUGGUAUUAGAAUUCCAGGCAUUCAACGUCAAAAUGCUUUGAACUUUUACUCAAUUGCGGAUUACUUGUUUACUAUGUUACUCUGGGGAGCCUUAUUUUGAGUAAUGAUAUUGAUGGACCUUGUUCUUUUCA